CGGCAGCCGGGCGCAAGAUGAUGAAGUUUCGGUUCCGGCGGCAAGGCGCCGACCCGCAGCGAGAGAAGCUCAAACAGGAGCUCUUCGCCUUCAACAAGACUGUGGAGCAUGGCUUCCCUAACCAGCCCAGCGCCCUGGCCUUCGACCCUGAACUUCGCAUCAUGGCCAUUGGCACCAGGUCUGGGGCUGUCAAGAUCUACGGUGCACCUGGCGUGGAAUUUACAGGCCUGCACCGGGACACAGCCACUGUCACCCAGAUGCACUUCCUGCCUGGCCAGGGCCGCCUCUUGACCCUGCUCGAUGACAGCAGCCUGCAUCUCUGGGAGAUUGUCCACCAUAAUGGCUGUGCCCACUUGGAGGAGGCACUCAGCUUUCAGCCGCCCAGCCGGCCCAGCUUUGAGAAUGUCAGCACCACAGCCAGCCUCACUCGUGUCACAGUGGUCCUAUUGGUGGCUGUUGGCAACACAGCAGCCUUGGGAACUGAAGGCAGCAGCAUCUUCUUCCUGGAUGUCACCACCUUGACGCUGCUCGAAGGGCAGACUCUCAGUGCAGACGAGGUGCUGCGCAGUGUGCCAGAUGAUUACCGGUGCGGGAAGGCCCUGGGCCCUGUGGAGUCACUCCAGGGACACCUACGGGACCCCACCAAGAUCCUCAUUGGCUACAGCAGGGGCCUGCUGGUCAUCUGGAACCAGGCUGCGCGGUGUGUGGAACAUGUCUUCCUGGGGAACCAGCAACUGGAGAGCCUGUGUUGGGGGCGUGGUGGUGAAACCAUCAUCAGCUCACACAGUGAUGGCAGCUACGCUGUCUGGUCUACAGACACUGGCAGCCGGCUGACAAUGCAGCCCACAGUAGCUACCACGCCCUAUGGUGGUGGACCUUCCCCUGGAGAGAGGCAGGAGGCAACUUUCAGGAAGAUCAGGAAUGGGAGGUCUGAUGCGGUCUUCCCCCCAGGUCCCUUUCCAUGCAAAGCCAUCAACAAGAUUCUGUGGCGGAACUGUGAAUCAGGGGGCCACUUUAUCAUCUUCAGUGGUGGCAUGCCCCGUGCCAGCUACGGUGACCGCCACUGUGUGAGUGUGCUUCGAGCUGAGACUCUGGUGACUCUAGACUUUACCUCACGCAUCAUUGACUUCUUCACGGUGCAUAGCACGAGGCCUGAGGAUGAAUUUGAUGACCCCCAGGCCUUGGCUGUGCUGCUGGAAGAGGAGCUGGUGGUGCUGGACCUGAAGACCCCUGGCUGGCCGGCCAUGCCUGCCCCCUACCUGGCCCCACUGCACUCAUCCGCCAUCACUUGCUCUGCCCAUGUUGCCAAUGUUCCCAGCAAGCUGUGGGCCCGCAUUGUGAGUGCUGGUGAGAAGCAGAGCCCCCAGUCUGCCUCUAGUGCCUCGAGUUGGCCCAUCACUGGGGGCCGGAACCUGGCCCAGGAGCCAUCUCAGCGAGGGCUUCUGCUGACUGGCCAUGAGGAUGGCACCGUGCGGUUCUGGGAUGCCUCUGGUGUGGCGCUUCGGCCACUCUACAAGCUGAGCACAGCUGGCCUCUUCCAAAUGGACUGUGAACAUGCUGACAGCUUGGGCCAGGCUGCUGAGGAUGACUGGCCACCCUUCCGCAAGGUGGGCUGCUUUGACCCCUAUAGUGAUGAUCCCCGGCUCGGUGUGCAGAAGGUUGUACUCUGCAAGUACACAGCCCAGAUGGUGGUGGCUGGCACUGCAGGCCAGGUGCUGGUGCUGGAGCUCAGUGACAUGCCAGCAGAGCAGGCCAUCAGUGUGGCCAGUGUGGACCUCCUCCAGGACCGCGAGGGCUUCACGUGGAAGGGCCACGAGCGACUGAGCCCACGCAUGGGGCCACUGCCUUGGCCUGCUGGCUUCCAGCCCCGGGUGCUGGUGCAGUGCCUGCCGCCUGCUGCUGUCACAGCUGUCACACUCCAUGCUGAGUGGAGCCUUGUGGCCUUUGGCACUAGUCAUGGCUUCGGCCUCUUUGACUACCAGCGCAAGAGCCCAGUGCUAGCCAGGUGCACCCUUCACCCUAACGACUCUCUGGCUAUGGAGGGGCCGCUAUCCCGGGUGAAGUCCCUCAAGAAAUCACUGCGACAGUCUUUCCGGCGUAUUCGCAAGAGCCGUGUUUCAGGCAAGAAGCGGGCUGCUAAUGCUAACAGCAAGCUGCUGGAGGCCAACGCACAGCUGGCAGAGCAGCCCUGCCCUCAUGACGUGGAGAUGACACCUGUGCAGCGCCGCAUUGAGCCCCGCUCUGCUGAUGACUCCCUCUCUGGUGUCGUGCGUUGCCUCUACUUUGCUGACACAUUUCUUCGAGAUGCGGCUCACCAUGGGCCCACCAUGUGGGCAGGCACCAACUCAGGCUCUGUGUUUGCCUAUGCACUGGAGGUGCCAGCAGCUGUGGCAAGUGGUGAGAAGCGGCCAGAGCAGGCAGUGGAGGCUGUUCUGGGCAAGGAGGUGCAGUUGAUGCACCGGGCACCUGUGGUAGCCAUCGCUGUGUUGGAUGGGCGUGGCCGCCCAUUGCCUGAGCCCUAUGAGGCCUCUCGGGACCUGGCGCAGGCACCUGACAUGCAGGGUGGGCAUGCCGUUCUCAUUGCAUCUGAGGAGCAGUUUAAGGUGUUCACACUACCCAAAGUGAGCGCCAAGACCAAGUUCAAGCUGACGGCCCAUGAGGGCUGUCGUGUGCGCAAAGUGGCCCUGGCCACGUUUGCUAGUGUGGCAUGUGAGGACUAUGCUGAGACCUGCCUGGCCUGCCUCACCAACCUUGGCGACGUCCACGUCUUCUCAGUGCCUGGCCUGCGGCCUCAGGUGCACUACUCCUGCAUCCGGAAGGAGGAUAUUAGUGGCAUUGCUUCCUGUGUCUUCACACGCCAUGGCCAGGGCUUUUACCUAAUUUCCCCAUCAGAAUUUGAGCGCUUCUCCCUGAGUGCCCGCAACAUCACAGAGCCACUUUGCUCUCUGGACAUUAGCUGGCCCCAUGAUGCCACCCGAUCCAGGCUCCAAGAGUCACCCAAGCUGAGCCAGGCUAAUGGGACCCCAAGCAUCAUCCUGGCUCCACAGAGCUGUGAUGGAAGCCCUGAUCCUGCCCACAGCAAGGGAGCUGACACCCCAGAGCCACCUGAGGCUACACUCUCACCCAUGUCCAUUGACUCAGCCACCAGUGGCGACACCACGCUGGACACAACAGGGGACGUCACGGUGGAAGACGUGAAGGAUUUCCUGGGUUCUUCUGAGGAAUCUGAGAAGAAUCUGAGGAACCUUGUGGAAGACGAGGCCCUUGACUGUGCCAUCCUGAUCAAAUGAAGUGCUUCAGGAGUAGGGUCCUUACUAUUCAGCAGCAGCAACCCCUUAGGCCUCCUAUCUGGGUCCCCAGAACCUCCACCUAUCCUGGGCUUAUCCUUGGUAGACCCCAUAAGUGGUGUUGCUUGCUGAAGCAUGGCUGCCUUUUUGGGAACUCAUAGCAACAUGAUUUUCAGUUAAGUGCUAGAAAAGGCAGCCAUCAGCUCUUGGAGGUCUUGGCUGUGUGUGAAACAGGCCAGCUUUGACCACGUAGAGGUGCAGGGGCUCAGGGCCGGUUUGGCCACCCAAUUUCCCAUAAGAGGUCUGAGGCACACAAGACUGGUUGGGUCCUGUGGGUUGAGCCAGCACACUGAGCCUGGCCAGAGGUUCACUUGCCUCCUAGUGUAGACCCACCCUGGCUCAAGCCUGAGGAACUUGACCCACUUGCUACCUAGUGCCUGCCACCCUGCACCAGGCCCAAAUGCUGCCUGUUCCUAGGAAUACCACUGGCCUUAGAAGGCCAUGUGUGGCCAGCACUUGGACACUUGCUAGGGUCCCAGCAAGCCCAUCUCAGGCUGUUCCUGAAAGGCCCUGUCUGGCCUGGAUAGGAGCCUGAGGGGGGGCACUUGUUUGGUCUGGUCCACCUGCUGGGCUGCCAUGGACAGGCCUGCCAUCCCAAGCCUCCCCCACUCUCUGCUGACCUGUCUCCCUCUACCAGGAAGGCCAGCACUAUCCUGGUCACUGCUUGGCUGGGGUCCUGGAUCUCUGGCUCCUGCCUUGGCCUCUUAACAUAGACCCACUAUACCUGCUAAUCUGUGGGAUCCACGGAACCUGCCAUUCUGUCCCCACGAACACUGAGCUCUGGAGCCACCUCUGCUCAGGGUUAGGGUGUUGGGCUUGGCCAGAACUCUUGGCUGAGGCUGUCAGCCCCAUGGCCAGCCAGGCCACCUUCCACUCCACACUGCCCCCUCCCUUCCCUUUGCAAAGAGUAUUUUUCUAAUGCCUAGGCUGGGCUGGACAGUCAUUUCUAAAACUAUUUUGGUACUUGCUCCUGGGCCAGCUCCCCAGCCUGAGUGUGUGUGUGUGUGUGUGACUGGAAGCUCUGCUGAGCACCCACAGCUGG